UUCCACCAAUCAGCGUCUUCUUUGAUCCACGCUUAGCCAAUGGGAGGCGAGGGAGUUAUGACGUGCCAGUGGGUGUGAUCCCGCAGGAGGAAGCGUCAAGCCACCGAACAAUAUACAAAAGUUUUACGAAGAUGGCAGACAAGACGGUGGAUCGUGGGCCGUGGACCGGAUGUGCCGUCAUGUUUCUGCAGUCGCUCUGCCCGGGUGUGAACCUGCUCUCUCUCUUCAAAGACAGAGAACAGGGAAAGUUCAUCGUUUUCAAAGUCAUCAAGCUGACUCUUAUAGAUUCUGCAGGAGGUCUGGGUGGUUAUGAGAUACUUAAGGUCCAUGACGCCGACCCCUUUCUGGGGGUGGAGGUGAAGUUUGAGGAUGUGUCAGCGUGUCAGCAGUUCCUGGAGAGCUACAGCUCUGGAGCUGUGCAGCAGUCCCUCUCUCAACAUGCCUGUCGGCUUCUUACUCUUCCCCACGAGUUCACAGUGGAAACUCAGCUCAAGGCCAGCACACACAUCCUGGAUCUCUGUCUGGACAAGCUGGAGCUUUGCCUACAGCACAUCCACCUGUCACAGCCUGAGCGUCUGCGCGAUGAGGAGAUUGAUCAUCUGGAGGAGCAGCUGCAGAUUCAGGCCCGUGGCCCCGCCCCACAGCCGACCCCCAUCACACAGGAAGAGUGUCCCGUCCCCGGCAACUGCUUCAAAUUUCAGAAUAAAGUGUUUGAGGACCGAAUGCUGACUGCGGGAGAUGUUCAGAGCUUUUCUAAUGGAGUGGGUCGUCAUUGGAAGCAUGUAGGGAGGGCCCUGGGGAAGAGCUGCCGGGCUCUGAAGGGUCUGGCCAUAGACAACCUGGCCUACGAGUAUGAGAGAGAAGGGCUGUAUGAGCAAGCCUAUCAGCUGCUCAGUCGCUUCAUCCAGGCAGAGGGGAGAGCAGCCAAGCUGAGCCGGCUGGUCAAAGCACUGGAGGACUGCAAACUCACCAGCCUGGCUGAAAAUAUUCUGGAGAUACAGCCACGAGAAUAACUCGGUGUGCUUUUGUUCUGCGUGUACAGGUUUUGAAAACUGAGGUGUGUGUGUGUGUGUGUGUGUGUGUGUGUGUGUGUGUGUUUCAGACAGUUUGUGUGAACACAUGUUAACACAUCUGCAAGAAUUGAUAUUCAUAUCAUGAUUUGCUUUUCAAUUAUUAGCGGUAUUGUUUCAUUUAGAGGAAAUUAUCUGCCAUCACUGUUUAAAGGACAUGCUGUCUUGAGUUUAAUGCACUGUUUAAACCUUUUAUUUGUGCUUGAUGUCAUUUUACAGAUGAAACCUUCAACAACUGAAGGUUAUUGAUUUUUUUUUUUUUUCUACAAAAUGGU